AUGGAGGAUAAGUCAUCUAACAUCGAGACCUUCCACAAUGAUAUUGUCGCCCAACCCUCGAAAAAGGCGGUCGAUGAGGCGGUUGAUCCUGCAGCGCAAGAUCGACGUCAAGCCGGGGCUCUGAAUAUCGUUGAAAACCCCCUGACACGCAACUCUCGAGAGCAGGUUGUCCUAGAUGCCCAAGCCUUUGCCGAGACGUCGGGCAUGCCCGAGCAUGCCGAGCUUUUUGGCCGUGCUGCCCUGGUGGCACGCGAUCCCGAUGGAUUUGAGUCGAUUCCCGAGUUGACCCAAGAAGAGCGCGAUGCGCUUGCGUACGAGAGAGAUCACAAAUGGCACGGCUCGAAAAUGCUUUGGUACUCCAUCUCGCUUUGUGCCGUUGGAGCCGCGACACAAGGCUGGGAUCAGACAGGAGCCAACGGUGCAAAUCUCUCGUUUCCUCAAGAGUUUGGAAUCGCCGGCGAAGGUAAAGACGAGUGGAUUGUGGGAAUCGUCAACUCGAUUAUCUUCUUCACUGCUGGGCUAAUCGGAGCUUUUAUCGUCGAUCCUCUUAAUCACUACCUCGGUCGAAGAGGUGAGAUCUUCCUCACUGCCUGCUGUCUCACGGCAACGCCCAUUGGAUCUGCCUUUGCCAGGAACUGGCAAGAAUUGUUCGUGGCGAGAUUCAUCAUGGGAAUUGGUAUUGGGGCAAAGAAUGCCACCGUGCCCAUCUACUCCGCCGAGAUGGCACCGGCUCGGACUCGUGGUGCCCUUGUGAUGUUCUGGCAGCUGUGGGUUGUGGCUGGUAUCUUCCUUGGAUUCGCUGCCAACGUGAUUGUCAAGGACACCGGUGAUAUUGCCUGGCGCCUUCAACUCGGUUCCGCAUUCAUUCCGUCCCUCAUCCUCGGCGUUGGUGUAUUUUUCUGCCCUGAAUCCCCUCGCUGGCUCAUGAAACAUGGCAAACUCGCGAAAGGGUUUAGGUCAAUGUCGCGCUUACGGACCCAUCCACUCAUCGGAGCUCGAGACUUUUACUACUCUUACAUCAUUUACCAGGAAGAGCUGAAAGAGAAUCGAGGUGCAGGGUACUUCUCACGUAUGUGGGAUUGCUUUGCGGUGCCUCGAAUUAGGCGGGCGAACUACGGUGCUUCCACCGUCAUGAUUGCACAACAGAUGUGCGGCAUCAACAUCAUAUCUUUCUACAGUUCUACUAUCUUCUUGAGAGCUGGCUACACAGCGGAACAGGCUUUGUAUGCAUCACUUGGAUACGGUGCGAUUCAAGUCGUAUCCACAAUUCCCACGCUAUUCUUGAUCGAUACGAAAGGCAGAAGAACCCUUACCUUGAUCACAUUCCCAUUCAUGUGUAUUUUCCUACUUGCGGCCGGUCUGUCGCUCUUGAAACAUACCGGAACCGCAGGCGAAAAGAUCGGCCCUGUCGCCUUAUUCGUUUAUCUUUUCACCAUCGCCUAUUCUCUCGGCGAAGGACCCGUCGCCUUCCAAUACUCUGCGGAGGUUUUCCCAACUAUCCACCGAGAACAAGGAAUGGCCUGGGCGGUUUGCAUUAACAACACAUUUGCUGGUGCUCUCGGUCUAACCUUCCCUCGAAUGACGACUGUCAUGACCCAAACGGGUGCUUUCGGUUUCUAUGCCGGAUUGAACCUCAUUGCCUGGGGCAUGAUCUUCUGCUUCGUGAGAGAGACCAAACAGCUCACACUAGAAGAAUUGGACCAGGUCUUUUCGGUUCAUACAGGGAAAUAUAUCCACCAUGAGUUGACGGUAUGGCUGCCAUGGUUCAUCAAGAGAUAUGUAUUCCGACAGAACAUUCCAAAGCCACCGGCGAUCAUCGCUACGGCAAAGGAGGUCUCCGGCAAUCCUGUUUCGGCGUCCGAGGCACCUCCAAGCUACGAAGGUGCUAUGACGACCUCGGCUCGCAUUUGA